AUGAAUAGGUGGUCUAAACUCCUUUCCAAGCUUGGAUGUCAGUUGUACUCAACUAGGGCUUCAAAACGAGCCCAAAGUCGUCAUGAUCCCGUUAAAAUCAAGGCUAAUCUCAGCAAAAGUCGAAACCUAUUGAUCAAUGCUUUAGAAAGACAAUUGAAUCUGGGGAAAGUGCCCGCUGGAGAUAGCCAAUUGGGCAAAACUUUGGAUUCUGUUAUGAGAGAAACAUUAUCGGACACCUCGCUUACUCUGCAGCAAAUGCGGAGGUUAUUUCAGCUCAUCCUGCAAGGGAAAGUCAGCGCAUCGACCAUCGAUGCGGCCUGGAAAACCAGCCAUCCCAAGCGAGAGGAUAUGAUCAACAUUAAAGAACCACAAGCGAGGGUUAAGAGUAAGAAAUCAGUGGUGGAGGGCCGUUCAGAGUUGCUAGAAAUCCAUCCGUCAACCUCCAAGGAAUUUCACCGAACUUUAAAUGACUUGGGUCCCGAGAUAACUAUUCCUCCGAACGAUGAAUCUGACGUGAAACAGGCGUCAAACUGUCCAGCUCACAAUGGUGACAUUGACCUUUCCUCGCUACAGACCUUUUUAGAAACUACUGAAAAAUCGAAACGAGAACAGCAUCAAUUUGCUCAAGAACAAACGAGAAAGUACCAAUGGAACGCGAGCGCAGGUACUCUUGGUGCUUUGUCUCCUGGAAUGCUGAUUUUUAAUGACAAUCGCUACCGCAAAAGGCCGACACUUUCCAAGCUGCUGUUUUGGAAGGGCUUGGAUUCUCAGCUACCCAAUAGCAGAGGAAAUCAGGAUCACAUAUCCAGCUCUGCACAGCUGCUUCUCUAUGAUUUGAAGAAGGGGACUAGGGUUUUGACUUCCUGGAAAGCUCAAAUGACUAAUUUACAUAUAGAGUACAAGGACCUGUUUACGGUUAUCAAUGGCAGCAGCAAACCGCCUGAGCAUUUGCUGGAGGUUAUAACAGACCUCGAGCGUGAAAAAUGGCAGUUGAUAGGAGACGCCGCGGUAAACGGCGACUCUAACCUAGUUUUCAAACGCGACCGGAAAGAUUCUAAGAGCGGAAAAGCAUUUUCUCGAGCAACAAAUAUCGGUCUUAUCGUUUUGCUGCUUGGAUUCACGACAUAUGGUGUGCAGCUGAGGCGGCAGCGUCUGCAGAGGGUAGAAACGCAUUUUUGUGCAUGA